UAUCUGUGCUGGUUCUCAGAAAAUUCAUCUGAAUACAUAAUGAUUCAGUUUGUGAUUCUCAUUAGUCGACAAGGAAAAGUGAGACUCACAAAAUGGUAUUCACCAUACUCUCAAAAGGAGAGAUCCAAGAUAAUUCGAGAACUAAAUGGGCUUAUUAUCUCUCGAGCACCAAAGUUGUGCAACUUCGUAGAGUGGAGGGGAUUCACAGUUGUUUACAAAAGAUAUGCUAGCCUCUACUUCUGCAUGUGUAAUGAUGAGGAAGACAAUGAAUUGGAGACUCUAACCAUUAUUCAUCAUUAUGUUGAGACUUUGGAUCGCUAUUUUGGCAGUGUUUGUGAGUUGGAUUUAAUCUUUAAUUUUCAUAAGGCAUAUUUUAUAUUGGAUGAAAUUUUGCUUGCUGGAGCCAUGCAAGAGACUAGCAAAAGAAAAACUCUGAGACUAAUAGCUGCACAGGAGGAUUUAGUGGAAACUGCCAAAAUGGAAUCGAGUUCAUUGAGUAAAGUAAUUGCACAGGCCACCAAGUAAAAGUGUCAUGGAGGAUUGUAAUUAUGCUGCAGAGAUAGCACUACAUUUUCACUCAGCUGAUUUUAUUUUAUUUUUGGUAUAAAAAUCAUUUAAAAAAAUUAAAAUAAAUCAUUUUUAUAAGAUAGUAGAAACACAAUGUGCAUGACAUGCUCUAAGUUAUUUCCAA